CAAAGGCCGGCCCAUGUUCCUCAGAAGCGCCGAAGACUAUCCAGAAGCUUGGCGGAGCGUCGUCAGAGCGGAGACCGGAUUGUGUUGAGAAGGACAUUGGAGGGCCAUCCAGACUGUUGACCCAGGCUCAGAAGAUCAGCACCCAGAAUGGCUACUGCUAGCACCUCAGGACAGAGCCCCUUCGGGCUGGGCCGGAGAAAGAGAUCCCCUGGUAUCCUGGAUCAGAUUGGCAAGUUCUUUGGAGGGGAUAAGAAGAAAAGGGGCAAGGGUUCAUUCCGGGGUCACCUGUCCUCCUCACCCCAAAGACCCCUCCAUUCCUCCACCCGACGCCGUGGAGAUGUGAACCCAGUCCUGCACUUCUUCAGGAGCUUUGUGUCCUCUCCUCGUCCCAAGUCGAGGUGGAGGGAACUCUUGGGCCUGGCUUCGCCAUCGACGCGGGGCUCGGAGAGUAUCAGAUCCCCCCACAGACGCCGCCGAGAACAGAACACACUCUCCAGAAUCUUCAACCUGGGAGAAAGCAGAUCCCGUUCUCCACCCAAACGCUGGAGCACCAUCUUCUGAGACGGGAAAGAGCCAGAUGGACGAGACGGGAAAGGAUGAGGACGUGAAAGGAGAAGCAGAGGGAUUCUGCCCUGCAGACUCACACCUUGCUACGAGCUUAACAAACUAAUACCGGCCACCUCCGCUUGUCAGACAGAGAUACAAUCCUGGUAUCUGAAGGGUUACAUGUGGACGAGAUUACUGCGGGAAACACCAAGUCCGCCAAAUUGCUGUUGAGGUGCCCAGUGGUCUCAGUGGUCAAAUUGGCUUUUUACAGCUUUUUUUACUCAUUUUGUUCACUGUAUCCAGAAUGAGCAGCCUAAAAACAUUAUAAUAAGCCAAUACAAAACAAGCUGUUAUCUAAACACGAUGACCCUUCUUGACCAUUUGGAGGAAGCACAUCGGUCACUGCUUCUAGGCCAUAAGUCACUGUUAUUUCUAUUAGGCCACAAUAGCAAAUAUAAACAAUUACACCACAAUAGUAAAUACAAACGCUUCUUCCCACUGUACACACAAUGAUAUUAGCAUAGCAUACUAGCUUUUAUCAAUGGUCCCAAGCUACAGGAACCCCAUUCACAGUUGCAUCUUUGUCCAGUUAAGUUGAGAUAUCAAGCAACACAUGAGCUGAUGGUCCCAAACCUGAUUUCUAACUGCAGCAAACUUGGAAACAAUAGAAACAAUGGCAUUCCCAGUAGCUGAGUCAAUAGCUAGCAUUCUCUGUUUCAUCAAAGCUUGCUUCCAUUCUCUGUCUGUCAUCUUUCCAUGUGACAUUCACAACAAGUGUGCUUGUAUUUGAUGCAUUAUUCAGCAUCACAUCAAGCCAUCAUCUUUAAUCCAUGUACUACUGUGAGAAGCGUUCCCCGAAGCAUGGUUAUUUUAUGUAAGUGUAGCAUAUUUGUGGAUAUUUGCGUGUUUUUGUGGUUGUAAAGUGUCCUGUUGUGUACAGUUUGUUUCUUCUGUGUUAAGAUCUCUGUAGUAUGUUGGUUUGUGAGCUACUUAAAAGGGACUUUGUAUUCAUAACACUGAAAUGUUGUAUAUUCGUAAUACGUGGUAUAGAUUUUAAAACAUUAUUAAGUUACGACGGGUACUAAAAUAACUCUCCAGAUUGGAAAACAUUAUCCAAGCCAGUAGAGAUGAAUGCCCUUACAUUGCACUGCGGUAGUAAAAUGCUUACAAUGGUCAUUUAUUUAAACAGCUUGGAAAUAGUAUGUGUGGCACUAGCUGUGUAAUGAUAUAUUGGAAAUGUUUCAUAUUUACUGAAAUACUUUUCAAGUAUUUAUUAUGGAUUAAUUAUUUGUCUAUAAUAUACAUAAUGAAAAGAGAGAAAGGCAGAAAUGUGGGUUUCUAAGAGUUUUAAAGGUAGUGAAGGUGUGAGAAGUGCAAGACGGAUGUGAGAAAGAAGAACUUAAAGAGGGGCAAGUGGAGAAGAGUGAGGCAGAUUGAAGCCGGUGUUUUUGACAGGCUCCCGUUCAUAACGUGUCCUGAUAUUGUGCAUUGUUUUGUUUCUCAUAUACAUUGUUUCUCAUUCUUUGCAUGUACUGUUUAUGAAUAAGUGCUGAAUAUACAAUAAAUGUCAGUUUCACUCCUCAUCAGCGCUGGAUAUGUCUCGAAUGGUGCUAAAGAUUUACAGAGAAUAUUUUAGAGUGGCCAACUUUCUAGAUUAUGAUUGUAAUACUUUUAACUACUACAUCAAAUAAAGAUUCCUAAAUGUA